AUGGACACUGUGGGCUCGCAAGACUUGGAAAAGGCUGGCAUGCGAGAAGGAUCGUCCUGCAAGACGCAGGAGUGUGUGGAGACGCUGGAGGACCGGGUCACCAGUGUGGGGCUCGAGGGCGAUUAUGUGCGGCUGGGGACACAGCUAUUUCGGCGACAGGACCUGCAGGCUGCACUUGGGACGUUCCGUGCGCCACUCGCGGAUCCUGUUCCCCUCGGCCUGUCGUCGUUUUCGUUUUCAUGCAUGAUUCUUGGGUUGUACAACGCCGAGGUUUUAGGCGUGACGAAUCACCAGCUGCUUGUCGGGGUGGCUUUCUUUUUAGGCGGCCUGGCGCAGCUAUUGGCGGGACUACUGAGUUUCGCUGUGGGGAACACGUUUGGUCUGACGGUGUUCUCGAUCUUUGGCUCUUUCUGGUUCUGCCAGGGAGCGAUCAUCACGAACUCGUUCGGCGUGCUGCAGUCAUUUGAACAGGAUCCUGAAAUGCUGCGCAACGCAACGGGUCUUUUCCAGCUGUGCUGGUUUGUGUUCACGUUCCUAAUGCUGCUGUGCUCACUGAAAUCCUCCUGGAGUCUUUUUGCAUUACUCGUGACACUGGAUUUGACGUUUCUGCUGCUUGCUAUCGGAAACUUCAGCAAUAAUCCUGUCUUAGGCCGCGCCGCGGGCUGGACUGGGUUUGUCUCUAGUAUAUGUGGCUGGUACACUCUCUACGCAGAGAUGUCCAACCUUGGCAAUACCUACUUGCCACUACCAAAACUACACAUGCCCCACUCUAUGGUCGCAUAG